UAAAAAACCAAUUGCGUCUGAAAUUUAAAGUCAAGUUUAGCGUUGUUGUAUUGAGUCAGUCUUCCAUUCUGUCUGAAUUUUACAGUUAUAUUUGGUGUAUUUUACAAAAUGGCUUCACAAAACAUAGAUCCGACAACAGUUGUUCCAAGACGGAAAGAAACUACAGAAUCAGUAACAGGAAAAAAAGAUAAUCAUUCAGUAACAAAACGGUUACAACAUGAUCUUGUGACUCUCAUGAAAAGUGGCAGUAAAGACGUAUCAGCAUUUCCAAAUGGUGACGAUAUGUUCAACUGGAUAGCAACAAUUAAUGGCUCCAAAAAUACUGCUUACGAAGAUUUGACUUUUAAGCUAAGUCUAGCGUUUCCAAGUGGCUAUCCUUAUAUCCCACCAACUGUAAAGUUUGUCACCCCAAUAUUCCAUCCAAAUGUUGAUCAGCAUGGAAAUAUCUGCUUGGAUAUCUUAAAAGAAAAAUGGUCACCGCUUUAUACUGUCAGUACAAUCCUAAUUUCAUUACAGAGCUUACUUGGAGAACCAAACAAUGAAAGUCCAUUGAACGUACAAGCAGCAGAAAUGUGGGAAGACCAAACUAAAUUUAAAAGGGUAGUACGAGAAAAAUAUGAAAAGAAACCUAAAGGAUCAACAAGAUGAAAAAAGAUUAUGAAUAUAUAAUAUACGGUACCAUAUACAUCAUGCCCACGAGUCAAUUCUUGAAAAAUUAUUCCAAGAUGAUGUCCAGCAUAGUUGUAAAUACAAUUUUAUUCAUUACUCUCAACUAAUGUAUGAUGCUUGCAUAAUCAAGGAAUUAUCAGACAAUUGAUACAAAAUUUUAUGCUCUGCUUUAGACUCCUGCAAUACAAUUCUGUGCUUGUAAAAACCAGCAAAUAAGAGAUGAAACAUAUAUUGCAACUGAAGCAGCAGAUUUUAUAAAUGUAAUGUAGUUUUUCAUAGUUUUACCGGUUGUUUUUAUAGUCCUGUACAGAAAUGAAUAAAAAGAAUGUAGAUGUUA